AUGGCCCUGGAGUACGCAGGAAGUGCCGACAACAGGCGGAAGGAGGGGCUGACAGCUGAUGUCGAGAUGCUACACACGCUCUACACGACGGCUCUGGUGGCGCAGAAGAGGAGAGAAGCCUUCCAGUGGAUCGCCCUCGCACUCGUCCUCGUCGCCUCCGCUUGCGUCGUGCUCUCGGCCCUGCUGGGCACCCACCCGACCGACUCGAUGGGGUGGUGGGUGGCCUCCCUGGGCCGAGGCUUCGUCCCCAUCCCCCUCCUGUGGGUCUGGUGGCGCAUCAUCGGCGCCGAGCUCUUCUACCCCUACCCGCUUCUGCCUGCCUUCACCAGCUCUGACGAGGUGGAGGUCUAG